CGUAGUGGCAGAAGGGCGUAAGACAACGGAUAGGAAAAGAAAUACAGCAUUCAACAAGUUUAUAUGCGAGAUGAAAACAAACCCGGAAGUGGUAUUUCAGAGAAAGUAGAUGACAGGAAGGAAAGAAAUGAAGUAGAACGAGCAAAAUCUCAGGAUUACCAUACACAAGAUGCUUGGAAAAUUGAAUCAGCGGCUAAAAAGGAGAUCAGAAAGUGGACAGUACAAUGAUUUAGACGGAGAGUCCAGCAUAGCUAAUGAUGGCAGAUCAACAUCGCCUUUUAGCAAUUCGUUUGGUUUCUUGGGUGGUGAUAGUGGGAAUGGGGGACUGUUAGGAUCUGCAAUUGAAAUGAGUGCUGCUGGCGCAGGAGUCGUUCCUGAUGACACAUUUACUGUUGACCAAGCAGUUAAUGCCACCGGCUUUGGACGGUUCCAGGUUAAGUUGUCACUUAUCACUGGUCUUUCUUGGAUGGCUGACUCCAUGGAGAUGAUGAUAUUGUCGAUAAUAUCCCCUGCAUUAAAAUGUGAUUGGAGGUUACCUGACUGGAAGCAAGCUCUAAUUACUACAGGUGUCUUCCUUGGAAUGAUGAUGAGUGCAGUUUUUUGGGGCCAGCUCAGUGAUAAAUAUGGGAGAAAAAAGGCUUUAGCUUUGUCUGCUGUUUUGUUGAGUAUUUUUGGUUUAUUAAGCUCUUUCUCGCCAACGUUUUUCUGGAUUUUACUUUUACGUUUGCUGGUCGGCUUUGCUAUUGGAUGUACCCCGCAAUCGGUGACAUUGUAUGCAGAAUUUCUUCCAGUACAACAAAGAGGAAAAUGCGUCGUUUUACUCGAUAGUUUCUGGGCGUUAGGAGCUUGCUUUGAAGUUUUAUUGGCUCUGAUCAUCAUGCCGACAUUGGGAUGGCGCUGGCUUUUGGCAUUGUCGACCGUUCCGGUUUUUGUGUUCACUCUCGUGUGCGCGUGGUUGCCCGAGAGUGCAAGGUUUCUAGCUGCUAAUGGACGAACCGAAGAAGCUUUGGCCGUCCUACGUCGUAUUGCUGAAGAAAAUGGAAAGCCUAUGCUAGCUGGUCGGCUAAUAGUUGACGAUCUCACAAGUAGUGACAGUGGAACAUCGGCAUCGGCAGCCUCGCCGUCGGUUCCUGGAAAUGGUGAUAUGAACUCGCUUGUGUCGUUGUCCUCAGAUUUACGCUGGAAGAGCCCGUUGCAGCGCUUACUGUCGCCAGAAUUGAAACUGACAUCACUGCUCCUUUGGUUCAUCUGGUUGGCUUGUGCUUUCUGCUAUUAUGGUAUGGUACUCAUGUCAACUGAACUGUUGGCUGGUGCUGCCCUUGCUGAAGAAGAAGGCGAUUGUCUUAACCGAAAUCGUGGUGGUAAUUCUACGAGUCGCGAAGACUGUUCGGCUGGUUGUCGAGUUCUUACCAGCGCUGACUAUACCGACCUCCUGUGGACCACACUUGCAGAGUUUCCUGGCAUCGUCGUGACGCUAGUUGUGAUCGAGUUUCUUGGCCGGAAAAAAACCAUGGCUUUGGAGUUCCUUAUCUUCAGCCUCACCGUCUUCCUCAUUAUGAUUGUGUGCAUUUCCAAUCGGUCCAUGCUUACGGUUAUGCUGUUUCUGGCUAGAGGCAUCAUCAGCGGUGUAUUUCAGGCCGCAUACGUCUACACGCCAGAAGUCUACCCUACAUAUCUGCGUUCCGUAGGAAUUGGCGUUUGCAGUGGAAUGGCUCGGUUAGGAGCCAUGGUGACACCCUUCGUCGCUCAGGUGUUAGUUCAGGAUUCGCUAAAUGUGGCCAUAGGACUUUAUGGCAGUGUAUCUCUCUUGGCCAUGGUGGCGUCCUUGUGUUUACCGAUUGAGACCAAAGGACGAGCAAUGGGCUAAUUUUGAUUAUGCGAUCUACUUUCGUAUUCCGUCCUUUCCGUCUUAACCAAUCACGAUGCGAUAACUAAUAUUUAACCAGUAUCUUUCUUCUUAGGGCACAGUGCAAUAAGGUAUUUUAAGUUAACCAAGAUAUAUGCAAACUAUGAAAUGUUGGUAUUUUAUUUCAUGUUUAUGACAAAAAUUGAUUUAAUAUUACGCUUUAUCCUUCAAUGCAAUU